GGGAUCCUGCCUGCCAGCCCCCAGGAUGUCUGGGAAUGCAUAAAGCCGGUGGCCGGCGGGCCCAGGACCAAGUGGGACCAAAACGUGAAGGACUUCGAGGUCGUCGAAGCCGUCAGCGAUACUAUCUCUGUGUGCAGAACCAUAACCCCUUCAGCUUUCAUGAGGAUUAUUUCACCAAGAGAAUUUGUAGAUGUGGUGCUAAUGAGGCAAUAUGAAGAUGGGACGAUGCUGUCUGCUGCCACCAAUGUGGAACACCCGCUGUGUCCUCCUCAACCAAAUUUCGUGAGAGGUUUUAAUUAUCCCUGUGGCUGUUUCUGUAUACCUCUGCCAGGGGAUCCAGACAGGACUCAGCUCCUCAGUUUCUUUCAGACUGACCUUGGUGGCUAUCUUCCUCAGACGGUGGUGGAUUCCUUCUUUCCAACUAGCAUAGCUGGAUUUUACAGUAACCUGACCAAAGCCGUUAAGGCAUUAAAAGCAUGA